UUUGAGGCCCAUAGGAUGGGAACAAAUAAAAAAAAAAAAAAGGUAGGGCAAGUUUCAGACGACACAAUCUGCUUCGACACUCCGCAGGGCGCAGUCUCCGCUAUCGCCUCAGGUGACAAGGGAGUAAACAUAGCUGUUUUUGAUGCGAUAAUGGAGGGCAUUACUCCAUCACAACCAUUUAUCAAGUCUGAGAUGACAUAUAAUUUUGAGUAUCAAGGUGUGCCAGAAAUGGCAUCAAAGCUGCCAGAGGACGCAUCAGUUACCCUUUUGAUUCGUCAUCUUCCUGAAGCAAUUCCUUAUGACACCCUAUCUCGGCUCUUCUCCCACUAUGGCGCUUCUUCUCUCCGUCCUUGUGCAAGUGGAAGAUUGAGAAACUGUGCAUUUGUGGAUUUCAAGAAUGAAGCUUUGGCAUCUCAAGCACAAAGGCAGUUAAAUGGGUUGCGGUUUCUGGGUAAAGUGUUGUCAGUAGAGAGAGCUAGUAAACCAACAGAGAGUAAUGAACGUCAACAAAGUGAACAUCAAUCAGGGAAGCACUCUACAUCUUUGAUGAAAGAUUCGACUAUGAGCAAAGAUCUUGGCGUGGGAACAAAAUUGGGGUCCGUUACAGUUAGUGAACCCAUUGCUAAACGCCUUGGUGUUGACUAUCCGUUUCCUCCCCACCUUGAGUAUGCAUAUCCUCCACCAGAUGGAAAUAUUCUGACCAACAUAGUAAAUGCCCUUAUUGCUGUUCCGCGAUUCUAUACACAGGUGUUGCACUUGAUGAACAAAAUGAAUAUACCUGCUCCUUUUCGUAUGGCACUGCCCACACCACCUCUACCACCUUCAGUACUUGCGCCGCCCCCACCUCCACCCCCACCCCCUCCUUCUGUAGCUACUAAGCCUCACUUGACGGAUCUAUCAAGUGAUGAGUCUGAAGUGGAGUCUUCAGAUGAGGAAGCUGAUGACAGAGCCUAUUCCGUUGGAGGUCCUACUGUAGAGAGACCUAAACGGAAGCGCUUCAAGAGCGAAUCUAUUGUUGGUCCUGCAGUUAAUAAAGAUGUGGCUCAUGAGGCUGUUGGACUGAAACCUGCCAGCUUGGUCCCUAAGGAGAUCCCAGUGAUAAAAAAGAAGAACGCCAUCUUACAGAUCAAAAUUGUGCCUAAACAAAUUCAGAGUGAGCAAACAGAAACUGACAUCAAGAAAGAUCUAGACGAGCCAGAAAAUCUGGAUUUAGAUUUUAAACCUUAUGCAACCCCAGAAGAAUUGGAGAGUGGAAAGUUGCCUCCGGAGGAAAUCUUGUCACUUCCAAUGUUUAAGAAUUAUACGGCUGGGAAUCCUGCGACUGUGCUAUACAUAAAGAACUUGGCAAAAGAUGUGGUUGCUGACGACUUCUACUUCAUAUUUGGAUCAUUGUUUGGAAGCAAUGAUGCAGCUAAAUCUGGACUUAGUGUGAAGUUAAUGCAGGAGGGAAGAAUGAGGGGCCAAGCUUUUGUGACAUUUCCAUCUGUUGAACUAGCCCAUCAUGCCUUGAAUCUAGUGAAUGGAUAUGUUUUUAAAGGCAAGCCAAUGAUCAUCCAGUUUGGCCGGAAUCCUACAAUUGACAAAGCAAAUUAAGCAGAACCGCUUAAAUAAUGGAAGUUCUUUUUUCUACUCCUAUCAUUUUUGGUCACUUGCUCAUAAUUAUUUUCUUAUUCUAUAUGAGCAAACUGGAAAGAAAAAGCAGUUGAGGUAACUGUAUUAUUUUACUUUGUUCAACGUGCGCCUUUGUGUCAUUUCAUUGGGAUUCCCUUCAAAUUUAUAUCUAUUUACAGAUUGAUUUGGCCUGCAGGGGUGCACACGAGGGACUCAAGCCUGCUGCUAGUGGUAUGUAGAGGCGGCCAUUGACCAAUUAUGACACUCCUGCUCCAGUCCUAUUGCUAAUGGUGUUUAUGAUUUUGAGCAAAUCAGGGAGCACACCCAUUGAAUGAGUUGGAGGGAGACUUUCGGAAUCAGCUGGUCCAAAAGAUGAAGACACCGGAAAAAAAAAUAAAAAAUGGACGACACACCGGAGGAUUAUGGCAGCGAGGCAACCACAUGACCUAUGAUGAUGAUUAUAAAGGAUUUAUUGAUCUGUUUCUUUUACUUCACAUUUUUUUUUUUUCUCUCAGGAAAGUACGAGGAAAAAUCAUCAUUUUGUGGUUAGAGGAGAAAUUGAAUUGUUUUCGUGUUUCUAGCUUGUUUGAUUUUCAAACGUAAUUAUUCUUUGCUUCUCAUUUUCAAUUUAGAUUAAUUUAUGAUUAUUUAUUUUA